AUGUCCUCCACCACUUUCGAGCCACAACCUCUCAUCGCACCGCUCAACGACCGCGCCUUGGCUGCCCUCGAGAACCUCGCCAGCGGGGACAGCACGCUAGGCACUCACGACAAGAAACUGCGUGACCAUCUCCUCGCGGCCGUGGACCAAUUGACCGAACUCACGGGGCGACUCAACGACCGAGCAUACGAACGCAGAGUCCGGCACGAACGGGAACAGGCGCGGCGGCGACAACAACGACAAGAACAGCAGCAGGAUCGAAGAGAUGGAAGCGCCACGAAAACAGAGUCGAAUGUGGCCGACGAUGCAGAGGCCAACGCCGAGGCGGACCAGGCACAUCAACAAUUCCAGCAGAAAGCCGACACCCUGACUAAAAGAAUGGACCUGAGCAUCCGCGCGGUCAUCGACGAUCAGACCUGGCUAGACGAUCUUCCAGCAACGAUUCAGCAAACAGUGACUGCAGCGCGCAACUCGUCGUCCCAGACCCAACAAACACAAACGCAGCAAACGCUCGGUCCGACGCCCAUGCAAUCGGCGCGGCGGAGCAGCGGCGACAACGUUGAUGGCGAUGGCGAUGGCGAGGAUGACGACAACGACAACGACAACGAAGAACGAGAACAGAAACCAGCCACCCAAGCGGACGCCAUGCAAGAUGUCGAAACACCACAUAUACUCCUCGCCGCCGCAUUACAAGAGCAGAGCCGGACAUGGACAUCCAGGACCCUGACUGAAAGGUACGCCCACCACAACGACUACAAGGGCUUCUACCGCGUGCUGUACGACGCCAAACACCCCGGCGAAUCUGCGCCCCCGAUGCCCGACGAGCGCCUAUGGUUCGCAGCCGAAGAAGGACGCGAACUGAUCUCGACUCAACGGGCGGCACGCCCCCAACGGCACCACACCUCCAACAGUACCAGCCAUGCGCAACGACGACAUAUUGGAAACGGAAACAGCCAAAACACCGACAAUGACGAGGAAGAAGACGAUGACGACGACGAGAUCGAAAUCGCCUCGGAAAGCGUCCGCAUCAAAUGCCCCAUCACAUUCCUUCCCUACGUCGACCCCGUGACAUCGCUGAAAUGCAACCACUCGUACGAGAAAUCCGCCAUCCUGUCCAUGCUCAGCACAGCACACGACCACGCCCCGUACACCCCCGACCAGCUGGCCGAGUUGGACCGGAUCGAUCGACGCAGCGACCGGGCCCGGCGGGAGCGCGAAAUACGUGUUCCACAGGUCAAAUGUCCCGAGUGUGACGUCUCCUUGACGGCGGCGGAUUUGAAACCCAAUCCGGCGCUGAAGAGACGCGUCCAGCGACUUCUGGCGAAGGCGCAACGACGGAAACGGGAUGGCGACAUUGCCACGACUAGCGAUGUUGAUAUGGAUGAUGAUCAGGAUGAUCAGGAUGAUGAGGUGAACGUGGAGGUGGACGUGGAGGAAGACCAUGAUGCUGAGGACCUUGACGCAGGCUCUGCGGGCGCCGCUACUGCGAGGAAGAAUCUGAGGCCCUUGAAGCGUGAGCGGACUGCUUCCGUGAUUCCGCAGACUCAGUUGUCUACCUCCGGCAUGGCGCAGAGCGCUACGCCGUCACGGACUCGACGGGGAGCGGGUAAUGCUUUGUCGGCGGCAGCAGCAAGCUCGAGAUCGCGUUCUGAUAUCCUCGAUGUGGAAGAGGAUGAUCUUAGUUGA